CGAAAAGCGAGUGAAGUUGUCGGCGCCGAAGUGAAGUUGUUGACAUAUUGCUGAUCGACUUAAGCUUUAAGGCACUUUUAAUUAUUGCACAGACUAAAAGUAUGAGGACAUCCUAAACAAAAAGAUUUUUAAAAAUCAGUCAAGUCCUGACGUAAGGAAAACGAACAAGUGAAGGGGACCGCUAUGAUCAUUCGUGGCUCCGUAACUAACUGCUACCUGAUAGCAACUGUGGGGUGCAUUCUCUUACAAACAACCUCCUCCUUUGCUGAACCAGGGCAUAUCCGGCAAAGAUUCCCAAAGAGACUGAAGACACACAGGAGAAAGCACCCCGCUGUCGAAUGGAUCAGUGCCAAGAUUGAACAUGACACAUUUCGCCAAAUAUCGUUCUUAACUUCGCUGACCAAUAGAAGUCACAAGUUUCGCGAAGUUUUUACAAUUCCAGUUCAUGUGACGAGCUGUGACGAGACAAUCACCAAGGAAUACUGGCUCCAUCCCCGUGAGACAGAGAUCUGUCCCAGUCUGAAGAAGUUUUCGGGGGAAAAAUGCCUCUUUUUGGAAUCGCAGGGAAAGAAAACCAGUCAUCUGGUAUUCAAGAACAACUCCACGUACCCACCAGCAGGCCAUCAGCCAACCAUGAUAAAUAAAGAGUGGAUCUCUCAACCCAAUAGGACAUCUGUAAUCAAGAUGAAAAGAGAGCACUGGGCUGCCCACUCCCUCAUCAUACUCUCACCACAUAACAAAACUGAGGCAGAACGAUCGUGGGAACCUAACAGCCAGCCAUGCCUAGAAAGGACAGACAAGAUUAUUGAAGGCAGAGAAGAACCUCCUCAAAUUCUGACCUUCACUCAUCACUGGGACGAAACAAGCAAGCACUGCAGCUACGUGGCAGUGUUACGAUUUCAGAAUCCUUGCAGAAAAUACAUAACAGGCGAAUACAGUUUGUUGCACAGAUUAACAUGUCCUUCUGAGUUCAUGGAUGAUAAACCUUCGCCUGAGAGAGUAUGGACGGCCAAAAUGAGCGUCAUGUUUGCGUCUUCCUUGGCAGCGAUAUUUGGAAUAACAAUGGUUAUUACGUAUUUUCAUCUUCGGCAAAUGAAAAUCCCAGAAAGGAAAGGGACCAAACCUGUAGAAAAGGAGUCUGCAGCAGAAAAGCACGAAACCGGAAAGCAAAUCCACGAGACAAAGGUUCUUCUGAUUGUUUAUGCUCCUGACGUCAAGGAAGAGGUCUCGGUUUUAAUGAGUAAUCUGCGAGCGAAGACCAGUUUCGAGAUCAUUGACCUGUUUGACAUGAACGACCUGAGGAAAGUUGAAGAUCCAACUAUCUGGCUAAUCAGUCUUAUGAUGAAGCCGUCCGUUGUGGUCAUCUUGGUGACUUCUCCCGCGGCCAAAUGCAUUAAGGAGCGCUUGGGGGGAAAGUCAUGUGCAGGAGACGAAAUGAGUAUCCGGCGUGAGGAUGUGUUAUCCGAGAGAUGCAGAGCUUUAAUCCAAGGCAGAGACUCGCAGUGUCUUGCAGAAUUUCUUCAGAUGAAAAGUCUUCGUCCAGGAAACGAAAGAAGAGAUGUUACAGAGAUCCUCGAGAAAAAUACUAGACAAAUUCAUAACUCAGAACCCCUCAGCGGCAUUAAAACUUUGACUGCGGUAGUACCUAACCCAGCAACGCAUUCAACAUUAAAAUGUGAACCACACACCUUCCAGGGAGAACAUUGUCCUUUAAUAAGUGAACCUUUACAUUUCCUCCUCGACGAAUUCUUCAAAAACAUGUUUAGUCUGCAUUUGGCUGACACCUAUGAUCGACUGUAUCAAGUUCGGCUCACAAUCUCUUCCAGUGGAACAGAAAUGAAAGAUGUGACCCCAGGUCGGAUAUACCUCUACCCCGACCAUGAGGAUGAACUCGUUACUGCUCUUAAAGGUCAACCAAUAAAAUACCCCAGGAACACGAGGUAACUCAUGAGACAGUUAUCAAUAGACUGAGGAUGAAAGCAGGAAUUCCAACAACGAUUCCAGUAAUUUUAACACAUAAAACAGGAACGCUUCAAUUUCCAUGUCAUAAACACAAAGGCCAGUGCGUUUGCCGAAUAGAAAGGGUUCCAGAACAUUAGCAGAGUGGAAAUAUGAUUCAGUUUUCGAGAAUCUGGACAUACGUCAGACUUGGGAAUAAGCGAAAGCUGUAGCAAGAUCCCGGAAGAAUAAAGGCUAGAUUUCAUUAUAUAAAAGGAGGAGCAAACCCUAUAAUGUUCAACAGCUACUGAAGCAUCUAUAAAAUCCCAAGAAGAAACUGAGCACAGGUGCCCAAACAGAAUAUCGGACUUAAGUCUACACCCAGCGAUAAAAAGUAUUAUACUUCAUCUUUUAAUCUUGACCGCCUGAAUUCACACAUUUCGACCGAAGCAGAAAAAAUAAUCACACAUUCAAAUACUUAAAUCCAGAAUGGGUUAUUGUAUUUAUCAAUUAGUACCAUCGCGUUCAUCACUUUGUAGUAAAAAUGUCUCAACUGUUGACCUUUAAUUUACUAAUUGGUCCAACGAAAAACACACACACAGAAAAGGACGGAACCAUAUACGUACCUAAAUAAAAGUAAAUGUCACCUACAAGGCGGCAUCGCUUCCCUCCCAAACGAUAACACGACGGAGACUUAUUGCAGAUUUAAAAAAAAAAAUCUUACUCGAAUCAUUUCAAAAUGAUGAAGAUAACGACGAGCCAUCAUCAUAAGAAAAUAGCAUGCCUUAUCUCCAAAACAUUCAUAAUGAGCAAAGUAAACCAAGUGCAUUAACUAAACAAACACAGUACGCCUACACAAAGAUGAUUAUUGUCGUUCACAAGGAAUUCUGAACUAAAGGUAAAAAUUGCGUGCUAUCGAAGAGGAAUCUACCGAUCUGAUUAACUGACUGAGAUGUGUAAUGUAUUUUCGUACUGCCAACUAAGUUUCAGUAGGAGAUCUUAAUCAUCAACGGGAGGAGAGAGAGAGAGAGAGAGAGAGAGAGAGAGAGAGAGAGAGAGAGAGAGAGAUGAUUUUCCGUAUGAUGAGAAAAUGAUCUCAAGAUUUUUUACAUGUUAUUCCACAUAAAAUAAAGUUCAGUAUCGAUGAGCAUAUACCUUAUGCUUGCGCUGUAUACGCAUAAACACAGCAUAUAGAAGCGCUCACAGGAAAGGUGAAAGACAUGAUUGUGUUCAUGCUUUGAAAAAUAGACGACAGUUGGGUGUCUUCGGAGCUUCCUUUCUCCUUCCCUACGAGUGCUUCUGUUUGUUUAUAUGCCACGGGAACAUUGUAUUAUUGGAUGAAUAAAUGAAGUA